AUGUCUGGAAUGAGUGCUGCUGAACGUUUGCGUAAUGAUAAUGUUCGGCUAUGUCGAUUGUGUUUUUGGUCCAAUUUCGAAGGACUUGGUUUUAAUCUUGAAAAAUCUGCUCAACCACCGCAUAUAAUUCGACUUGUCGAACCUAAUAGUCCAGCUGCAGCUGGUGGUUUGAAAAUUCUUGAUGUUGUAUUAACUGUUAAUCAAGAAGAUGUAUCCCAAGCCGAUUAUAGUCGAGUACGAGAUGCUAUAAAAAUAGCUUGUGAUAGCAAGAAUCCGAUUGAACUACUCGUUGCUAAACAACGUUUUUAUCAACAAUUAAAGACAAAAAUUAUUUUAAUUAAUCCUGAAAUGGUAACUAUUAUAAAUACACCAGAAAAAAUGCCAAGUGAUUAUUUAAAUUUUCCUAAACAUAUAUCACGUACAUGUUAUAUAUGCUUAAAUGACAAGGAAACAUUAUUUGGUUUUGAAACUAUUCAUGGUGAAAAGGAUAUUGGUCUAUGUAUUCAAAAAGUAUUUCCAAAUACUCCAGCUAGUAAUACAUCAUUACGUAAAUGUGAUCGUAUUAUUGAAAUCAAUGAUAAAUAUGUUGAUAAUGAUUUAAGUAGUUCUAUAUUAGAAAAAUUAAAAAAAGCAAAAAUGCAAGGUGUUGUAAAAUUAUAUGUUGUUGAUACAGAAACAUAUAAAUAUGCUCAAGUAAAUAAAAUAUCAUUAAAAUCAAAACGACAACAUCAAAACGAAUUAACAGUUUCGUCUAUCAAUCAUGGUAAUCAAUCAUUACGACCGAAUACACCAAUAAUUAUGGAUUUAUGUGAUAGUCAUCGUGCUGAUUCUAUCAAACUUAAUUAUGAUAAUCAAGAAAAAUUUCAUUCAUCAACUAUUGCAUCUGUUCGAGAAAAUGGAGAAUUAGAUGACAUUCAUUGUGUUCAAAUUGUUUUUACACUUUUUUUCGCUGGUUUUUUAUUCUUGUACUUAUCUUACUCAUAA